ACAGUUAUCGAGAGCGUCUGGUUAAAACACCACAUUUGGGCGAGAACAUACCUUUGUGUUUCUGACGUCGGCAAAAUAACUCCGUCCCAUGACCUUUCUUUGCCAUAUCGCGUUAGCGGAAUAUCAGAUCACCUGAGGAUUUUAAAGAGACUUCUCGCUUCUUCGGAACACCGUGCACAUAUCGCUCUAACAUGGAAGAAAGAAAGCGGUCUGUCACAGUUGCCAUUGAUUUUGGAACGACAUAUUCUGGGUUCGGUUUUGCUGAAGCAAACGUUUCGGGCGAGUCGGGUAUACAAGUAUUUCGCGGAUGGGGUCGAGGGCAAGGAUUUAGCUUCUACAAAACACCAACAAGCGUCCUGUUGGCCCCGGAUGGAAAUUUUAGCAAAUUCGGUCAUGCUGCCGUCGAAGCUUAUGCCAAAAAUCUUGCUAAAGGAAACAAUCAGAACAUCAUUUACUUUGAGAGGUUCAAGUUAGUUCUCUACAAUACAAAGGCUCUUUCCAAGGACACCACCCUGAUGGCAUCAAGCGGAGAAGUUGUCAAGGCGCUCGACUUGUUCUCAGUGUGUCUUGCAUAUUUGGGUGAUAAGGCAAUGGAGUGCAUCAAUUCCAGUGGUCAGCGGGGUAAAACUUAUGAGUCACAUGAUGUGCAGUGGGUGGUCACGGUUCCCGCCAUUUGGGAGCCGACUGCCAAAGAAUUCAUGCGAGAGGCAGCGUAUAAGGCAGGACUAGCAUCAAACGAUGACCCAGACCAACUGCUGAUUGCUCUUGAACCCGAAGCAGCCUCGUUCUACUGCAGAACGCUACAGAUGAAAGACUUCCUGGGGGAGACUGGAGACGAAUCAGUGAACGAAGGCCUGGCUUCGUAUGUCGUUAUAGAUAACGGAGGCGGUACCUUGGACAUAACAGCACAUGAAAUACAGGAGGACGGCACAAUCCGCGAAAUUCACUGUCCAGCGGGUGGCCAACUAGGAGGCAUGCAUGUGGAUAGGGAGUUCCAGCGCAUGCUCGUGGCAGUAUUUGGAGAAGAUUUUAUCCACAAGUUCAGAAGGGAUUUCCCAAACGACUGGCAGAAAAUAAUGAACGACUUUGAGAUACAGAAGAGAGCUGAAGAAGGCGUCGACAACGAGGAAGUUAGCAUCACUCUGCCAUUUAAUUUCGUGAACGCCUAUUCACGCGACCUGGGAAGCGACGAGAGUAUUAAUGAAAGGUUGAAGAUGAAUUACAAAGAUAACCAAGUGCAUGUUAGUAAUGGUUACCUAAGUCUUAGCUUAGAAGUGAUCAGUGGCUUCUAUGAACCAGUUGUGCAAAAAACCGUGGGCGUUAUCCAGUCCCUCUUGAAGCAGAUCAAAGACACAAACGUCAACACUAUGUUUCUGGUCGGCGGUUUCUCGCAGGCUUUGCCACUGAGGAAAGCUAUAACCCAGGCCUUCCCUGACAUGAGAGUUUUGACCCCCCGCGAUGCCGAGCUGGCCAUCAUCAAAGGCGCAGUGAUGUUCGCUCAGGCACCAGAUUUGCUCACAACCCGGGUUAUGGCCAAAACAUACGGUAUUGACAUCAAUGAAGCUUUUGACCCGAGUAAACACCCCGACGAGAAGAAGACAGACGUUUGCGGCAUCAGCUACUGCGAGGACGUUUUUGAUGUUCUUGUGAAAGAAGACGAACAGGUGAAAGUGGGAGAAAAGAGGACGUUUUUCUUCUCGCCCGUUCACCCGGAACAGACAACUGCUUCACUUCGUUUCUUCAGUACGCACAACAAGAAGGCGCAGUUUGUGACAGACGCAGGAGUCACAGCGGAGAAUGUGGCCUUUCAGAUCGUCAGCCCGGAUGUUUCCAAAGGGAUUCACCGCAACAUUGAACUAGAUGUCUACUUCGGCGGAACUGAGAUCAAAGUCUCUGCAACUGACGUUACUUCCGGAAGUUCUGCCAAGGCCGCGCUGAGACUUGUGACCAAGAACCUAACCUGAUCUCAUGUGCAUGGACCACCGAUCAAAGUUUUCGUGUCGAAUAAUUUUUUAUUGAAGUCAUUCAAAAACAUGAAUUAUUUUCAUCAAACUGUCACUUAUCACUGUAAAAUACAUGAUAAAAACUCUUCUGAGGGGAAAAGAAACAGCUGUUAUAGCUAGAGAUCUAGUCUAGUGUCCAUAUUUUUCUCGUUUACCUUCGAUCUUUAAACAGACAUUUUAAUUUUUUUUUUGUAACUAUCCUACAAUAUACACUUUUGCGUAAGCUAUGAUUCAUUGAUUUGCAAAAUCAUGGUGUCGUUUUCCAAGGUAAGAAAAAAAUAUCAAAAUAGCGUAUAGACAAAACGUCCUUGCGUCAGCUUUCCUUUCAUUUGUCUCCUUUCCAGUGGCUUUAGGGAACCUCACGCAAUGCUGUCACAAUGGCACACAUUUGGAGAGAUUUGUUACGUGACAUUUUUCGGUCCAUGUCUUGACAAACAAUGUUCGUGAUCAGUUUAGGCUGAUUACUUCCCUGACUUUAUAUCACUGAUUUCUGAGACAAUUCUUUCGUUUCUCGCAUCUUUUCCUUCACUUCACUCGCUAUUAUGCGCAGUAACCUAGAGAUAAAUGGUUACCAAUUUCCUGACCUUCA